CUUCUCAGCAUCGCUUUGUGAUUGAUCUUUUUCUUUUCUUCGAAUCUUUGCCUUGGAAUAAUGCCUAAAUUAGGGAUAGGGUUUAUAGUAACAGUAGCUAUAGCACCGAUCGUUUUCGGAUUGGUGUAUCAGAGCUUUGCUGGCCGUGAUGCUAGAAUAGUCUCGUUGUUUUUUGCUUUUCUGGUUUUGGUGACGAUGACGUUGAUGAAAUUUUGUGGCGUUUUCAGUAGUUUAAGGAACUUUAUGCUUCCAAGGAAGAGAGCUUGGCAAGGAGCGAUUGUAGAAGACGACAGUGACUCCGCCACCACCGAUUCCACCGCCCACGGCUCGUCGAGCGUUAAGAAGCGUCGGAUCGCAGCCAACGCCGCAGGAACAACCGAAUCUACGGUGAAAGACAUCAGCAAUAGUAAUAUCAAGCAUAGUAGCAGUACCGGAGUUAAGGGGAAAGAACACGCGCUCGACAUGGCUCGGCAUGAUGGUAACGCUUCGGACAUCGACGAGGAUCUUCAUAGCCGGCAGCUUGCAGUCUACGGACGCGAUACGAUGCGGAGACUGUUCGCAUCGAAUGUCCUCGUCUCCGGGAUGCAGGGUCUUGGAGCUGAAAUUGCAAAGAACCUCAUUCUAGCUGGUGUCAAAUCUGUGACUUUGCACGAUGAAGGAAAGGUGGAGCUAUGGGAUUUGUCUGGUAAUUUUGUCUUUUCUGAGGGCGAUGUUGGCAAGAACAGAGCACUUGCUUCUGUUCAAAAGUUGCAAGAACUCAACAAUGCCGUAAUUGUGCAAACUUUGACUGCAAAAUUGACUAAGGAACAACUUUCUGAUUUCCAGGCUGUUGUAUUCACUGAUAUCAGUUCUGAAAAGGCCAUUGAAUUUGACGAUUACUGUCAUAAUCAUCAGCCUCCCAUCGCAUUCAUCAAAUCUGAAGUAAGAGGCCUUUUUGGUUCAAUAUUUUGUGAUUUUGGACCUGAGUUUACUGUUUGUGAUGUCAAUGGAGAGGAGCCUCACACGGGUAUUAUUGCAUCCAUAAGCAAUGACAACCCUGCUCUAGUAUCAUGUGUAGAUGAUGAGCGACUUGAAUUUCAAGAUGGGGACCUUGUAGUGUUUUCUGAAGUUCAGGGAAUGACACAACUAAAUGAUGGAAAACCUCGAAAGAUAAAAAAUGCAAGGGCUUAUUCAUUCACUCUUGAGGAGGAUACCACAAAUUUUGGUGCCUAUGAGAGAGGUGGUAUUGUUACUCAGGUGAAACAGCCAAAAGUGUUGAAAUUUAAGCCAUUUAGAGAAGCACUCAAGGAUCCUGGUGAUUAUCUUCUGAGUGAUUUCUCCAAGUUUGAUCGUCCACCUGUCCUCCACUUGGCAUUCCAAGCUCUGGAUAAGUUCAUAUCUGAUUUGGGUCGUUUCCCCAUUGCUGGCUCUGAAGAAGAUGCUCAGAAGCUUAUAUCUAUUGUUGGUAGCAUCAAUGAGAGUUCACUUGAUGGGAGAGUAGAAAACAUUGACCCAAAACUUCUGCGACACUUUGCCUUCGGUGCCAAGGCAGUACUGAACCCCAUGGCAGCCAUGUUUGGUGGUAUUGUUGGACAGGAGGUACUAAAGGCUUGCUCUGGAAAGUUCCAUCCACUCUUCCAGUUCUUCUACUUUGACUCGGUGGAGUCGCUUCCAACGGAGCCAAUAGAUUCCAGUGCAUUCAGACCAUUAAAUAGCCGUUAUGAUGCACAGAUAUCUGUGUUUGGGUCCACACUUCAAAGGAAGCUGGAGGAUGCUAAGGUUUUUAUUGUUGGAUCUGGGGCACUUGGCUGUGAGUUCUUAAAAAAUGUUGCCUUGAUGGGCGUUUCAUGUGGCAACCAAGGAAAACUAACAGUUACGGAUGAUGACGUUAUUGAGAAGAGUAACCUUAGCAGGCAAUUCUUAUUCCGUGAUUGGAAUAUUGGGCAGGCCAAGUCCACAGUAGCUUCUUCUGCUGCUGCAUCAAUAAAUCCUCGUUUGAACAUUGAGGCCUUGCAGAAUCGUGUUGGCUCUGAAACUGAAAGUGUUUUUAAUGAUGUUUUUUGGGAGAAUUUGAGUGUUGUAAUUAAUGCACUUGACAAUGUCAAUGCCCGGCUUUAUGUUGAUCAAAGGUGCUUAUAUUUCCAGAAGCCACUUCUUGAGUCAGGAACUCUUGGUGCCAAAUGCAAUACUCAGAUGGUUAUUCCUCACUUAACGGAAAACUAUGGUGCCUCAAGAGACCCGCCUGAGAAACAAGCGCCCAUGUGCACCGUGCACUCCUUUCCUCAUAACAUUGACCACUGCUUGACAUGGGCACGAUCUGAAUUUGAGGGUUUGCUUGAGAAGACUCCUGCUGAAGUGAAUGCGUACUUAUCCAACCCAAGUGAAUAUACUGCCUCAAUGCAAAAUGCAGGUGAUGCGCAGGCCAGGGAUACCUUGGAGCGCGUCCUUGAAUGUCUUGACAGAGAAAAAUGUGAUUCUUUCCAAGAUUGUGUUGCCUGGGCACGCAUAAAAUUUGAAGACUAUUUCACUAACCGUGUGAAGCAGUUAAUUUAUACAUUUCCCGAAGAUGCCACAACUAGUACUGGGGCUCCAUUCUGGUCAGCCCCUAAGCGAUUCCCUCGUCCUCUGCAGUUCUCAGCCGCUGAUCCUGGCCACCUCUACUUUGUUAUGGUGGCAUCAAUACUAAGAGCAGAAACAUUCGGAAUUCCAAUUCCAGAUUGGAUUAGAAAUCCUAAGAAGCUCACUGAAGCUAUUGACAAGGUGAUAGUUUCAGAAUUUCAGCCAAAGGAAGGUGUAAAAAUUGAGACUGAUGAGAAAGCCACCAGCAUUAAUACUGCUGCAUCUGUUGAUGAUUCUAUGAUAAUCAAUGAUUUAAUUACAAAGUUAGAGCAUUGUCGUGCAAACUUGGCACCUGGAUUCAGGAUGAAACCGAUUCAGUUUGAAAAGGAUGACGAUACCAAUUACCAUAUGGACAUGAUAGCUGGUCUCGCCAAUAUGAGGGCUAGAAAUUACAGCAUUCCUGAGGUUGACAAGCUCAAGGCCAAGUUUAUAGCUGGAAGGAUUAUCCCUGCAAUUGCAACCUCCACGGCUAUGGCAACAGGUCUCGUAUGCUUGGAGCUUUACAAGGUUUUAAAUGGAGGCCACAAGGUAGAGGACUACCGGAACACAUUUGCAAAUCUAGCACUACCAUUGUUCUCCAUGGCCGAGCCUGUUCCUCCAAAGGUCAUUGAGCAUGGGGACAUGAAGUGGACUGUAUGGGAUAGGUGGAUUGUGAAAGACAACCCUACGCUGAGGGAGCUUAUUGAAUGGCUGAGGAACAAAGGGCUAAAUGCUUAUAGCAUCUCGUGCGGAAGUUGCUUGCUUUACAACAGUAUGUUCUCACGUCACAAGGAGCGAAUGGACAAGAAAAUGGUGGAUCUGGCGAGGGAAGUGGCAAAGAUCGAGCUGCCUCCUUAUCGCCGUCAUUUGGACGUUGUCGUGGCAUGUGAGGACGACGAUGACAAUGAUGUUGAUAUCCCGCUCAUAUCAAUUUACUACCGAUAGGCUGUAGAGCUGUGAUUUUAGGAUUAUAGAUUUGAAAUAAGUGUUCAAGACUUUAUGUUUGUAAAUGAACGUUGGACACACAUUGUUUAAUAUUUAUCUCAUCAAGUUACCAGUCAUGUUUCAUACAUAUAAACGUCCCUCAUAUAUUUAAUUUUGAUAUUUGUUUGUU